AUGAAUUCUGCAAUCACGGCCAAAGCCAUGAAAUCAUCCAGCAUCACCGACCUCCGCGCCGCAUUUACCGGCAAGACGGUCGAUCGCGCUGCAGCCGCUGUCGAGAUGGAGUUGCAGAAUAUGAUGGGACGAAUAGUUGUCGACAUUAAAGCGAUAGCCGGAUUUGCACGAAUUGCGGCUGGUGAUGUGUUUGAAGUGACCGUUCGGCAUGGAAAUCAAAAAUGGCGAACAAGAGGUAGAACGCAAGCGGAUCGUACGCAAAAAUGGGACAGAUCGCAAGCGAUUUUGGCUUGUCAACCGGAUGCUAGUAUUGAGGUUAAGGUUGCUGAAGUGCGAAUGUUUAAGACGAAAGUCUUAUCCGAGCGAUCAUUUGAGCCAUGCGAGCUGUUCUCAUCCGAGCCACAACUUGUCACAAUGAAUCUCAACCAGAUCGGAACUAUCAAACUGCAACUGGUGGUCACCUGGAUGUAUUUCUGGUCAUACCCAGCCGCGCCGCCUCAUAUUGCAGCGCUGCAGGCCGCAGUCGCUCAGUCUAAAACGCCACGAUCAUUGAAUUACGCUUCAUAA